AUGGUGAAGAUUGGAAAAGACCCCCUGAGGGCAGAACAGCCCGUCAAACGCGGGCCGUCACAGCACCGGCGGGCGAGCGCUGCUGCAAACGAGAGCGGCCGGGACAGGGCGGCGCCCGUCGGGGCCGGGGCCGGGGCAGGUGCCAGCUGCCGGUGGCGCCCGGCAACCCGUCUGCCCCCUCGGCUUUCCCGGGGCAACGGGAGAGCCGCGGCGACUGCGGGGAAAAGGGUGCCCGAGCCGGGGGUGGAGUGGCCUCAGCGCGCCGCUCGCUCGGGCUCCGCCGGCCGCUCGCAGCCGUCACCCCGCGCAACGCCGGCGACGCGGGGGAUGCGGGCGGGACGGGCGCCGGCGGCAAUGGGGGAAGGCGGCCGGCGGGCGGCAGAGCCGGAGCGCUUGGCGCCGGAGCUGGGGCGGGAGAAGCGGAAGCAGCAGAUGCUUGAAAGCUCAAUAUUUGAACUGAGAAACACUGUAAGAGAACUGGAAAAAAGUCUUAACAGUAUUGAAAAUGAAGACAAUGAAUGGAAAACCAGAUAUGAGACACAAGUAGAAUUGAAAAAACAGCUGGAAAGGCAAAUUAAUAUUCUUUGAGAUAAGGUGGAGUUUAUUCGUGGAAAUACAGCAGAUAAACUGUCCAUUGUUCACCCCUUUGAUAAAAUGCCUGUGGGUUCCUUGAAGAGGGUUCUUAAACAGCUGGAAGAAGAGAAGGAAAGUCUCCAGAAUCAACUAAAAGACUAUGAACUUAGGCUGGAACAAGAAGCAAAGGCUUACCACAAAGUUAAUGAUGAGCGGCGCAUGUACCUCUCAGAGAUCUUACAAACCUCAGCUAAACUUAAAAUUAUUGAAAGGCAACAAAAAGAUGCUGUGACUGGCAAAGGAGAAAAAUGGAUACUCAGAGGAAGACACAGUGUUCCAGGAAACCCGAAGAUGGUUUAUCCUCAAAAAUGAUCAAUUAAAAUGACUGUAGGAGUGAACCAGCUUCCACAACUAAAGCAUUGA